AGUAUCCUAAUUAGUGGAAUUGAAACUAAUGAAUAACUCAAGUAUUCCCACAGUUGAUCUCUCUCCUUUCUUCAGGGAUGGUGGUGAUGAUGAAGAUGGGAAGAAGGCGGCCAUGGACAUUAUUGGCAAAGCCUGCUCCGACUACGGUUUCUUCCAAAUUGUGAACCAUGGGGUGCCCCUUGCUCUGAUGACCCAUGCCAUGGAGCUGUCCAAGUCAUUUUUCGACUGCUCGGCUCAAGAGAAGCUCAAGUCUAGUCCUGGACCUGGUGCACCUCUUCCAGCCGGCUACACCAAGCAGCCGGAGCACUCGCCUGACAAGAAUGAGUAUUUCUUGAUGUUUCCACCUGGAUCAAGCUUCAAUGUCUUCCCCAAGAAUCCUCCCCAAUUCCGGGAAGUUUUGGAAGAAAUGUUCAGCCACUUGGCCAAGACAGGUGAGGUUGUGGAGAGCAUCAUAAACCGGUGCCUAGGUCUUCCUCCUAAUUUCUUGAGAGAAUACAAUCAUGAUAGAAGCUGGGAUUUCAUGGCGGCAUUGAAUUACUUUCCGGCAACAGAAACUGAGCAUACCGGAGUAUCCGAACAUGAAGAUGGAAAUUGUAUCACCUUCGUUCUGCAGGAUGAAGUUGGAGGCCUAGAAGUCCGCAAGGACGGAGAAUGGAUUCCGGUGGUUCCUGAAGUAGGCACAUUAGUUGUUAAUGUUGCUGAUGUUAUUCAGGUAUUAAGCAAUCAGAAAUUUAAGAGUGCAACUCACAGAGUGGUGAGACCGAAAGGAAGUCGGCGACACUCGUUCGCCUUCUUCUACAACUUGCAGGGAGACAAGUGGGUAGAACCAUUGUCACGUUUCACUAAAGAGAUUGGAGAGCCACCAAAGUACAGAAGCUUCUUUUACAAAGAAUACCAGGAAUUGAGGAUGAGAAACAAGUCUCAUCCACCUUCUAAGCCUGAAGAUGUCAUCCACAUUUCCCACUACGCAAUUCAUACUACUUAGGAACAAAAUUACUACUUUCUAGCUCAUUAUUAACGUCCAUGUAUUAGUUUAAUUUCCUUGUAGUUUCUUUGAUUUCAUAGAUUCAAAUAAAUGAUUGCAAGUCCCUACAUGAUUAAACA